UUCUGUCCGACAGACGACAUGCAGCAAGGUCGUUCAACAUCUGUACUCACCCCAAGAUGCUUCCAGUAUAGCUGUGACGAGAAUUCUAUUUGGCAUAGCGAUGUUGUUUGACAUACCGGACGAGCGGGGUGGAGCGGAUAUGACGUCACGUUGGGGUAACACCAACAACUGCCACUUCCCGCUGUUGCCCUUCAUCACUGUCAUCAGCAUGCCUUACAUGGCAUUGGUGUACCUUGGAUUGUGGUUUGGAGGAAUGGGCAUAGCUCUGGGCUAUCAGUAUCGAUAUACAAGCUGGUUGUUUACCCUCUGCUACUGGUACAUAAUUCUGAUCGAGAAGAGCUUCUGGAAUAAUCACAGCUAUUUGUUUGGACUUGUUGCGCUACUUCUGGCGUGUACUCAGGCAAAUUGUUUGUGGUCACUCGAUGUUUACUUCAACCCAUCGUUAAAGAAGAACACAGUUCCCUAUUGGAACUAUUUCAUACUGAAGUAUCAGUUCUUCACUCUCUACUUCAUGGCUGGUCUGAAGAAAGGUACCGCGGAAUGGUUGACAGGAUACUCUGUGCCCAAACUCAGCGCGCAUUGGGUAUUCACUCCGUUCCACUUAUUUCUGUCGAUUCCCCAAAUAGAUUACAUCAUAGUACACUGGUUUGUAUUCAUGUUUGAUCUGACCAUUGCUUUCUGGAUGAUGUGGGCGAAAAGUCGGAACACAGCAAUGGUUUUCUGUGCUUUAUUUCACCUUAUGAAUAGUAGGCUCUUCAAGAUAGGUAUGUUUCCAUGGGUGUGUCUAGCUACGAUGCCGCUCUUUUAUCCAUUCGAUUGGCCUAGAAGAAUUCAACUCGGGUUUUCAAAUGCAUUGUCAUACUUGAGUUUUGUGAAGUGGUGUUUUAUCUCAAACAUGAAUGUUCCUAAGUGUGAAGAAAACGUAAAAUGUAUCAGAAGUGCAGUUAACAAUGACGAAACCACAAAAGAUGAGAAUGAUUUACAAGAACCAGAAGAAGACAUGGCUGGUGAUGUAUUCUGCCAUGAGAAAGACAAUGAAGAAAACUCCUCCCAAGUGGAGCCAGAUGUACAACAACCAGAAGUCGAAAAUCAAUCAAUGAAAACCUUCAUUCUUAUUUUACUGGAUUUAACAAUUGGACGAAUGGACUGUAUGGCUACUCCUGGGAUAUGAUGGUACACACCUGGGAUAUAGAUUCUGUUGUCAUCAAAGUCGUGGACAAUGACCAGAACGCAGAAUUCUACCUCGACCCUUACGCAUACACUCCGAAUGAUCGUUGGACUAGACAUGGUGAUAUGGUAUACCAGUACGCACAU